UCAGGGGUGGGGCGUGGCCUCGUGAGGGAGGGGGCGUGGCCUCGCAGGAGGCGGCGCGGCCCGGUCGUUGCGCGGCGGCGGCGGCAGCGGCGGGUCCGGCCCUGCCCCGGCUCGGGCCCCGCAGGAGCCUCCGAGAUCCCGACCCGGCCCCGGCGGGUGUGACCAUGGCGGGCGCCACCCCCACUCCGGGUGCCCCCGAGCACCCCUUCACCUGCCGGGAAUGCGGGAAGUCGUUCCGCUGGUCGUCCCGCCUGUCCCACCACCUGCGCAGCCACACCGGUGAGCGGCCCUACAAGUGCCCCGAGUGCCCCAAGGCCUUCAAGGGCUCCUCCGCCCUCCUCUACCACCUGCGGGGCCACACGGGCGAGCGGCCCUACACCUGCGCCACCUGCGGCAAGGCCUUCAAGCGCUCCUCGCUGCUCCAGACUCACCUGAGGGUGCACACGGGCAUCCGGGCCUUCGAGUGCGCCCAGUGCGGCCUCACCUUCAAGUGGGCGUCGCACUACCAGUACCACCUGCGGGCGCACACGGGCGAGCGGCCCUACCGCUGCCCCGCCUGCCCCAAGGCCUUCAAGAACUCGUCGAGCCUGCGGCGGCACCGCCACACCCACACCGGGGAGCGGCCCCACACCUGCGGCACCUGCGGGAAGGGCUUCGCUCAGGCGGCCAACCUGCGGCAGCACCUGCGGGUGCACACGGGGGAGCGGCCCUACACCUGCGGCACCUGCGGCAAGAGCUUCACCCACUCCUCCAACCUGCACCUGCACCGCCGCACCCACGGCCCCGCCCACCCGCCAGGACACGCCCCCUCAGCCCCGCUCACCUGCCCGCAGAGGCACCCGCCGGGCCGCGGCCCCGACACCCCCGAGGAGCCACCCCGGAGCGGCCUCACCUGCGCGGGGCAGGAGGCGGCCGGGCCGCCCCCGGCGCUGCCCCAGCGCUGCCUCUCCUGCGGGAAGAGCCCCAAGAGCCCCUCGGCGCGGCCUCACCUGCCCGAGCGGCCCCGGGGCGGCCCCUGCGCCAAGCCCUGCGCUCACCUGGCGGUGCCGCUCGGCCACGCCCUGGGCGAGGCUGCCGAGGCCGCGCCCGCCCCCGAGGAGCCGCCGCCGCCCCCCGAGCGGCCGUACAGGUGCGGCGAGUGCGGCAAAGCCUUCAAGGGCUCCUCGGGGCUGCGCUACCACCUGCGGGACCACACGGGCGAGCGGCCCUACGCCUGCGCCACCUGCGGCAAGGCCUUCAAGCGCUCCUCGCUGCUCCAGACUCACCUGAGGGUGCACACGGGCAUCCGGGCCUUCGAGUGCGCCCAGUGCGGCCUCACCUUCAAGUGGGCGUCGCACUACCAGUACCACCUGCGGGCGCACACGGGGGAGCGGCCCUACCGCUGCCCCGCCUGCCCCAAGGCCUUCAAGAACUCGUCGAGCCUGCGGCGGCACCGCCACACCCACACCGGGGAGCGGCCCCACACCUGCGGCACCUGCGGGAAGGGCUUCGCUCAGGCGGCCAACCUGCGGCAGCACCUGCGGGUGCACACGGGGGAGCGGCCCUACACCUGCGGCACCUGCGGCAAGAGCUUCACCCACUCCUCCAACCUGCACCUGCACCGCCGCACCCACUCGGCCGCGCGGCCCUUCCGCUGCCCCGCCUGCCCCAAGGCCUUCGUGGUGGCCGCUUACCUGCAGCGCCACCUGCGCACCCACCGCGCGCCCGAGCCGCGCCCCCCGGCCUGCCUGCUGCUGCGGGGGGGGGGCCGCCCCUCCCGCCCGCCGCCCCCCGCAAGGUGCUGCUGCUGCCCGGCCCCGCCAAGCCCGCCCAGGUGCCCGCCCGGGCUCACCUGGCGCAGGUGGGGAAGGGGCCGCACACCUGGCAGAGCGUCCUGGUGGUGCCGCCUGGGGCGGGACAGGAGGGGGUGGGGACGAGUGUGAUCGUGCUGAGGGGCGGGGUGGGGCCCGCAGGUGUGCAGGUGGGGGUGGCUGAGGCGGCGGGGGGGGCGACAGGUGUGACAGGAGUGGCGGGGGUCACAGGUGUGACGGGUGGGGCGGGUGGGGCAGGCAUGGCAGGUGUGCAGCUCCUCCAGGCCGCCGAGGUGACAGGUGUGGCAGGGGUCACAGGUGCUCCAGGUGUGGCAGGGGUCACAGGUGCUCCAGGUGUGGCAGGGGUCACAGGUGUGGCAGGUGGGGCAGGUGUGGCAGGUGUUCCAGGUGUUCAGCUCCAGGCCACCGAUGUGACAGGUGUCACAGGGAUCACAGGUGUCCCAGGUGUGCAGCUCCAGGUGUUGCCGGAGGUCACCAACGU